GCACGGGCCCUGCCGUCCUGGCCGCCGGGACCCGAGCAGCACCCUCCGCACCACACUCACCACACCACCUAUUUAUAUCCACGUUCCUCUCACUCUUCUUCUAGGUAGCAGCAGCUCUCACAUCGCAUUCUGAAUCUCUGACAUUGACAAGAACUUACUUUCCCUUGCCGAUCCAGUAGCGAGAUGGAGGAGGAGGAGGCUUCGGCGGAGCUGAUCAGCCCCAGGAUCUCCUUCUCGCACGACCUCGCGGUCUUCGCCGCGGCAGCGACGACAUGUCCAGGCACCACUCUGCUUGAGCCAAGGCGGUCGGACGCGUCCCUCAUGUCGCGGCGGAGGCGGCGGCGCGCGCCAGAGCCGGAGUUCGACUUCGCCAACGCGGCAGCCGCCGACGUCGCGCCGGCCGACCGCCUCUUCGCCGACGGCAAGCUGCUCCCCGUGCCGCCGCUGCCGCCGACUACUCCCCACUCACGCGCCAAGCCGCCCCAGGCCGCGGCGUGGCAGAGGGCGCCGCGGUCGUGGGCGUCCCCGUUCGCGCGCAGCAGCAGCGUCAACUCCGCCGGGGCGGCCGCGUCGGGGGCGUCAGGGAGGUUCACCUGCCCGGCGUUCCCGCUCAUGCGGAGCCGGUCGACCGGCUCCGCGGCGGCCACGGUCGGCGCCCACCAGCGGCCGCAUUGCAAGAAAGUCGCUCCGACGACGACGACGGCCGCAUCCGGUGGCGCUCACAGCGGCAACAGCGGUGGCGGUGCGAGGUCGGUUUACUACUACGGAUACGGCGGCGGCAGGAACGGCAGCGACGGCCAUGGCGGCGGCGGGGUCCGGGUGAGCCCGGUGCUGAACGUGACGUCCAUCGGCACCAGCGUGGUGAACAUGCUGAGCCACCUGCUCUGCGACUGCGGCGAGAAGGCCGGCAAGCAGCAGAGCAGGGGCUUCGGAGUGCGCUGCUGGGUAACCAGAUAGUAGUACUAGCAGUUGUACUACAAGUUAAGCGCACUCGUUAAUUACUGAUUGAUUGUCCGCUUGUCGCCACUGUUGCUUGUAAGUAAGUACUAAGAUGGAAAGAUGAAUCAAUCCAUGUGAAUCGUGACCGAUUGA